AUGAGAGAUAAGUGGAGAAAGAAGAGAGUUAGAAGACUUAAGAGAAAGAGACGGAAGGUGAGAGCUAGAUCCAAAUUUGAAAGAGAUGAUGUUUAUAACUCUGUUGGGUAUGCUGUUGGUCUCAAGACUCAAUACAUGAACGAACAUCGUCAAACCAUAGUGGAUUCAGAACAUAUGGUUGAGUCGAUUGUUUUACCAGAUUUGGAAGGCCAACGUCUUGAUUUGAAUCAAUUCAAACCUAAUAGUUCACGGUCAAUACUUGAAGAGAUCAAGCCAAAUCGUACCAACUAUAACUAUUCAUCUCCAUUAUCUGCUACAACUCCUAGAGCCAUUCUUUGGUCUGAUUUCGAAUUACAUUAUGACAAACAGGAGGAUCCAAUGUACUCCAACCAGGGUAAUCCUAACGAUACAGUACUAUCUAUGGAUCAAGAAGUACAGAAUCUUGUCGAGGGAGUUGAUAACUUUGUCGGCGAUUGUUUCUUUGGUACUUUAAGUUUCAUUUCCUCUUGUUGUACGGCUGAAUCAACAUCCUGA